AACGGGUACAAAAAAAAUAUAUAUCAAAAUGGUUGAAUAGUUAAGGAUAUAAGCUAGAAUUAACCUAGUAAAAACUAUUAGAUUAUUAUAUCAAUAUGGCCUCCGAAGGUAUUACUGAAAUCGAUACUAACUUAAUUGAAACUAACUAUGACAAUGUUGUCUAUAAGUUUGAUGAUUUAAACUUGAAACAAAAUAUUGUUAGAGGUAUUUUCGGUUAUGGUUAUGAAAAUCCAUCUGCUAUUCAACAAAGAGCUAUUUUACCAAUUACUGAAGGUCGUGAUGUUUUAGCUCAAGCUCAAUCUGGUACUGGUAAAACUGCCACUUUCACUAUUUCUGCUUUACAAAGAAUUGAUGAAAAUCAAAAGGCUACUCAAGCUUUAAUUUUAGCUCCAACUAGAGAAUUAGCUUUACAAAUUAAAAAUGUUAUUACUUCUAUUGGUUUAUAUUUAAAGGUAACUGUUCAUGCUUCUAUUGGUGGUACUCCAUUAAAUGAAGAUAUUGAAGCCUUUAGAUCUGGUGUACAAAUUGUUGUUGGUACUCCAGGUAGAGUUCUCGAUAUGAUUGAAAGAAGAUUCUUUAAAACUGAUCAAGUUAAGAUGUUUAUCUUAGAUGAAGCCGAUGAAAUGUUAUCAUCUGGUUUUAAAGAACAAAUCUAUAACAUUUUCCGUUUAUUACCAGAAACUACUCAAGUUGUUUUAUUAUCUGCUACUAUGCCUCAAGAUGUUUUAGAAGUUACUACUAAAUUUAUGAAUAACCCAGUUAGAAUCUUAGUUAAAAAAGAUGAAUUAACUUUAGAAGGUAUUAAACAAUUCUAUAUUAAUGUUGAAUUAGAAGAUUAUAAAUUUGAUUGUUUAUGUGAUUUAUAUGAUUCUAUCUCUGUCACUCAAGCUGUUAUUUUCUGUAACACUAGAUCUAAAGUUGAAUCUUUAACUAAUAAAUUAAAGGGUGAAAACUUUACUGUUUCUGCCAUUCAUGCUGAUUUACAACAAUCUGAAAGAGACACUAUCAUGAAGGAAUUCAGAUCUGGUUCAUCAAGAAUUUUGAUCUCUACUGAUUUAUUAGCUAGAGGUAUUGAUGUUCAACAAGUUUCCUUAGUCAUUAACUAUGAUUUACCAACCAACAAAGAAAACUAUAUCCACAGAAUCGGUAGAGGUGGUCGUUUCGGUAGAAAGGGUGUAGCCAUUAACUUUGUUACCGAUAGAGAUGUUGGUAUGAUGAGAGAAAUUGAAAAGUUCUACUCUACUCAAAUUGAAGAAAUGCCAGCUGAUAUUGGUGCUUUAUUCAGUUAAGUUAAGUCAAGUUAACUUUUUAAUAUCAUCUUGUUUAAUGUAUUUUAGUUCCAUAAACGCUCAUUUAUGGGCUCAAAUCUUCUCUUAUAUAUCAUUCAAACUUCAUCCCAAUUAGGAAUGUCUAAUAUAGUUUUUAUCAUUUAAGC